UAAACUUAAAGCGUCUUGAAGAUACUAAGACGCGGAAGGAAAUACUUUUUCGAACAAUUUUCGUUACAGCAGGCUAUCCUAGAUGACUUUCACCAAGGACUAUGACAUCCACUCAUAAACCGAAAACCAUCGAGCACGAUUCACUUCGUGCAAUUUGCCGGGAAACCAUACAUGGUUAUGUAUUUUGGUCCUUGUUCCAAGGUCUUGGACCUAUGAUAUGGUUCUAUCCACUCAAUGAACUAGACAUAUCUGGAUAUGAAACCUUUGCUGCCACAUGGUUCUUUCCCAUUGUACUCGGUCAUCCUUCCAUCCUACGCCUGGUACAGAAUCGAUGGGUCCUUGGUUUCCUGCGACUUCUGGUGGUGGCUAGCCUCAGCUCGUUCCAGGCCGGUACCACCCUGAGCAGACUUGCUAUACUUGCCUUAGGAGUAGGAGUCUCCAUGUGGGUAUUUACUGCCACCCUAUGGAAUCCAAAUCCCAAGAUAAGAACCAACACAUUCUGGGGUCUAAUACUUGGCCUUAUGUUGUUUGUGAUGUCUCGUAUCUGGUUUGUGUCUUUCAUUCCUACAUGGUGGAAUGAUACAUCAAACUCCAUAAUCAUUGCUAUAGCAACAGUUGCUGUUAUAGAUCAAAUUAUUUCAGGUGCUGACAUUGUUGACCACAAGGUGGGUCAGCAGACCUAUGUUGACCGUCCACGCUGGCUGACCACAGCCUUGGGAUUCGGCAGCCUGCUGUACCUCACUCACUGGUGUUUCGGGGAAGUGUCCUUAAUCAUACGUUGGACCGUCCAUGGCUACCCUUCACACGGACCCCUCCCCAACCCCUGGGGAGCACUGGUCCUACUUUGUCUUGCCGUGGGUGUGUACCUAUCGCCACGACGACAACUGGCCCAGAGUAAAGUCUGGUGGCUGGUGGCACUCGCCAGUUUUGCUGCACUCUACUAUCUCCCGACUUGGCAGGGAUAUAUUGGUGGUCUAGUGCUGGCUGUCUACACAAUGUCCAUCUGGCCUGAAAUGACUGACCGAUUGACCUUAUGCCCUCCUGCUAGAACUCUGUUCGUGGUAAUGGUGGUGUAUCUGGUUGAGAUAUUUUUCUUCGUGUGGACAGUGGCCUACAACUUUGUCCCGGGCGGAGUUUACACACGAGAACACACUGACUACCUCAUUCUGGCUGUGAUGGCAGGCAUCUUCCUCGGGCUGUUUGCAGGUGGACAGAAGAAUGUUCCGAGUCACACUGCACAUGUUGAAAUCAACAACAACAGCAACAUGGCAAGUCGAACAACAAACGCUGAUAUCAACAACAACAGAACGCCGUCCAGAAAAGUACUGUUAGUGUUAAUUAUGGUAACAUGUGCCGGUUUGUUAGGAUUUGUCGCAAGAAUUCCUUCCAUGCCGUCCAAUAUAAAACAGAAUCCAACAGACCCUGAUAAGCCAAAAGUAUUUUCCGCCAUGAUAUGGACCUACCACUUUGGUUACGAUAAUAAAGGCUGGCCGAGUCUAGAGAGGUCAGCACAACUGAUCAAAGACACAGGUGCUGAUGUAGUGACCCUACUGGAGAGUGAUGCCUCCAAACCUUUCCUUGGUAACAAUGACCUUGGUCUCUGGCUGGGGGAGAGACUGGACAUGCACGUGGACUUUGGACCUGCCACCAAAGAUCACACAUGGGGGAAUUUGAUUUUGUCCAAGUAUCCAAUCAUCAAGUCUACACACCACCUUCUGCCUUCCCCGCACGGAGAGUUAGCUCCAGCAGUGACCGCGAGUGUCAACAUAAGUGGUCAGGCCGUCGACUUUGUGGUCACUCACAUGGGCAAUGACCGCGACAUUCUGGACAGGAAGCUGCAGGCGAAGUUCCUGGCCAAAGAACUGGACAACAGCCCAAACCCUGUAAUAUUUCUGGGUUACGUGACAUCUGCCCCUGGUAGUCGAGACUACAAAAAGCUGCUGAAGAAAGGUCGGGUGAAGGACAUUGACCAGACUGACCGGGACAGGUGGUGUGAGUACAUUAUGUACCGUGACCUUAUAAGACUAGGGUAUGCUAGGAUCACCCAUGGGGGCCUGAGCGACACCGAAGUUCAACUGGCAAAAUUCCAGAUUCCAGAAGAUCAAAAUGACUUCAAGGAUAACACGAGAGUGGUCACGGAUUCCAGUCGAGUCGACGGAAUUCUUAAAUUCAACACCAGAUUUGGGUAUUUUCAUGCUGGUCAUGGCUACUUUGAUGGACACAGAUUCCAUAUGAACACACCUAAGUAUUUCUUGCCUUAACUUGGUGGCCUUACCUGUCCAAUAACACCUGGAUUUUCAGGUGUUAAAUCAGAAUAUUGAUCCAAAGACCGUCCGUACCUGUCACAUACAACACACCUGGGAGAGGAUUUCAGAAAGUCAGGAACCGUCCUCUGUGUCACAAAUUAUAUACUUGCAGUUUUAGGUGUAAAUCUGUAAUGUUGAUCUUUAUAAAUGCUGCCUUACCUAACAGAUAAGACACAAACAGAGAAAUAUUUUUGAGCUGCAGAUGUUUAUUCUACAAAAUGGAAAGUAUUUAUGUAUACAUCUGUACACUAGAAAUAUUGAAUAUGCAGUGUCACAUUCCAAUUGAAUGCAAGUUUAUUGUUUUCUUAGUCUUUUAAAUGGAUUUACGGGGGGGGGGGGGUAUCGGAUUAUGUGUGUUUAGAAGACAGUGACAGUGAUUCCUCAUCGAGGCUUUCACUUCCUGUAUAGGAGUUAACUCUAGCCUAAGCCUGAGGAUCGACUCCAUAUGUCUUUCACUUUGGAUGCAAGGAAGGAAAGAGCUAAUCACUAAUGUUUUCAUAAUGGUGUCACUUAAACACUUUUGUAUUCGUUGUGAUAACCUAGUCCUUAUAAACUAAAAUAUGCAAUUAUAUUUAUGUGAAGAUUUAUGCACUAGUUAGGUACCAAAUGGUUUAUUUCGUAUAAAACCCCCAAAUUUUUAUUAACACAUUGCCAGCAGAUUUUUAUCUUUCCUUAAAAUUUUAUCAGAAUUCUUAAUCUGUGAUCAGCCACAAAGAGCUGGGUUCAUCUUUCAGAUUUUUACAGCUUAAAAGCUAUUUUUACAUUUAAUGUAGGUUUGGAUUAAAUUUUAAAGAAAUAUGUUAUGGCCAUGAUUUUACAUGAUGUAUGAAUUAAGUCUGUGGUUUAGUAUGUAAUGUCUAAGAUUUGACAUGUAAAGUAUAUGGUUUUAUUUGUUAAGUCCAUGGUUAAGCAUGCAAUGUCCAUGGUUUUGUAUGUAAUGUCAAUGGUUUAACAUGUGAAGUCAAUGGUUUUGUAUGUAAAUUCCACGGUUUGACAUGUGAUGACCAUGGUUUUGUAUGUAAAUUCCAUGGUUUGACAUGUGAUGUCCAUGGUUUUGUAUGUAAAUUCCACGGUUUGACAUGUGAUGUCCAUGGUUUUGUA